UGCAACGCAAUUUAGGGUUUUAAAUUUUAACUAAAGAAUUUCAGUACCUAAAUACAGUCAUAGCAUAACUAAAUUGCCUUGAAUUAGUCAAGAAUGUUUUCACGCAAAAGGCCAGAGCCUCCAAAGCGCCGACAGCACGAUUUAUCCCAGUUCGGUUUAACGGAAAUACCGGAUGACUUUGAUCCCAGCGCUGGCUUUGGCGAUGAUGAUGCAGCGGAUAGCGAUUUGGAGGCUGAGCUGGCGGCAAUUAGCGGCGGCGGCGGGCCAAAGCCCAAAGCAAAGCCAAAGCCAAAAUUGUUGCCCAGCAGCGAUUUAGACAAAAUGAUAGCAGAUAGCUUGCGCGAUGUCAGCGACGAUGAUGACGACGACGCUCUUGAGAAUGACAGUGAUUUGCUGGGCGAGCUGAAUGGCAUCGCCGGCAUGGAGGAUGGGGAGGAGGAGCAGGCACCGGCGGCCCCCGCCGCUGCUGAAGAACAGGAGCCGAUUCAGACAUUUCUGCCGACAACAACAGUGGACACAUUGGGCAUCAUAAACCAGCGAUUGGACUUGUACAAACAGGCUGAGGCCAAUGCAAAAGCCGCUGGCGAAUCAGGAAAGGCACGACGUUUUGCGCGUGGCUUAAAGACACUUCAAGAUCUACAGAAGCAGUCAGCAGCCGGCAGGAGCAUCAAUGUUGAUGACAUUCCGCCAGAGGUGAGCAUCAAGCCGGUUGGUGGCGAAGCAGCAGGAGGAUCUGAAGCACCUACAGAAGAGCCCAGGCAGCCCAUGCGUGCCGCGCCAGCGCCCCCCACGCCGGGCACACCGCCAGCAUCUGAAGCAGCUGCCUCGCCCAGCACACCGCCAGCAACAGCUACGCCCACGCCUGCUAGUCCCUUGGUGUCGCAAAUGCGGAGUCGUCAAAAUGAAUACAAAGCCGCAGCAGUGCAAGCCAAACGCAGCGGGGAUACAGCCGCUGCUCUGCAAUUUCUACGCGUGGUGAAGCAGUUCGAUGUCGUGGUAAAGAUGUGCGAGGAUGGCCAAGAGGUUGAUCUGAGUGAUAUGCCGCCGCCGCCGGGCGAAUUUCUGGCAUUCAUGGCCAAGAUGCAGGAGGGCGCAGCAGCUGCUGAACCAGCUCCAGCCCCAGCUCCAACUGCGCCAGCACCAGCGCCACCAGCUGCAGUUGAUAGUACAGCCGCUCCCACUUCAAUGUUAGAAGCGCUUCAGCAGCGUCUGGACAAAUACAAAUCGGUGGAGGAGGCUGCGAAGGCAGAGAGCAAUACCAGCAAGGCGCGUCGUUUUGGGCGCAUUGUCAAACAGUAUGAAGAUGCCAUCAAACAAUACAAGGCAGGCAGACCCGUGGCCUAUGAUGAGCUGCCCGUGCCACCGGGCUUUGGUCCACUGCCCACGGCGGAUGCUGCGCCCGCUGCACCUGCACCCACGCCGCCCAUGUCGCCCACAUCACCGCCUGCUACAGCGAGUACUUCCGCUGGUGGCACGCCCACCAGCUCUGGCACCGUGACGCCGACGGCAGCACGUAAAGCGCCUUCGCCGCCUCAGCCCAAGGAGUUAACGACACGCACGACGGGCAAUCAUCAGAAAAGUAAUCUGGCGGAACAACAAAUGAAAUUGCUGCUCGAGCGGCAAAAGGAGUUUAAAGUGGCCGCCAUAGCAGCCAAAAAAGCGGGCGAAAUCGAUCAGGCCAAGGAAUACCUAAAGAUCUACAAGGGCUUCGACUCGCUGCUCAAUGCUGCAAGCAGCGGACUGCCCGUGGAUCUCAGCACGCUGCCUGUGCCGCCAUCGCAACGUGACAAUCUGGAGGCAUCAUUUGCCAUUGUGUCUACCGAGGAUUGUGAUCCGAGCGAUGACAUUUGCGAGAUUGGCGUGCGCAUGGAGGAACAGCUGGCCAAACAGCUAAUGAUGUGCAAAAAUACGCGUGAUCAUCACAAGGCCAUGGGCGAUGUGGCCGGCAUGAAUCGAUUCGAGAAUCUCGCACUGACCGUACAAAAGGAUUUGGAUCUGGUGCGUUACUCCAAACGUAAGAACCAAACACUGCCCAAAUUCCAUUACGAGAAGCGUUCCUUUAACAUUGUCCAUUGCAACACGGAUCUGACGGACAAUGAGCUGGAAAUUGUGGUCGUGCGCGGCAUUAACUACAAUGUGUCCAAUCCCAAGGAUGUGGACACUUAUGUGCGCGUCGAGUUUCCGCUGUUGAAUGAUGAGUCAUUCAAGACGAAAACCAAUGUGAUCAAGGACACGGACAGUCCUGACUACGAUGAACGCUUCAAGGUGGACAUUCAGCGCAGCAACCGCCAGUUUCAACGAAUCUUUAGACGUCACGGAGUUAAAUUCGAGAUCUAUUCCAGAGGCUGCAGUAUUGAUUGUUGUGGACUAAGUCGUAAACUGCCCAUAUGUUGUUUCAGAGGAUUCCUUCGAUCCGAUACGCUUAUUGGCACCGUCAAUGUGAAACUGCAGCAGCUGGAAACCAAGUGUGAUAUACACGAUACCUACAAUCUAAUGGAUGGUCGCAAGCAGGUGGGCGGCAAGCUGGAGAUCAAGGUGCGUGUACGCAAUCCAAUAUUGACCAAGCAAAUGGAGCACAUCGAUGAAAAGUGGCUUGUGCUGGAUGCCGAGGGCUGAACACAGUGUUGCCUGCACUCUCUUUUCACUUAAUUUUUUUUUUGUACUUUAUCGCAAAACAAAAUUUGAUGUGUUUAUUGCUUAAGACAUUGCGCUGAACGCUUUGGCCUCCCUGGGUUGGCACUUAUGUAUUACAUAAACAUACACACACACACACGCACACACACUUACUCACAUACACACACACGCGUUAUG